AUGACCGAUUACCUUCGGCAAACUUUCUUGGUGGUCCUGACACGCACUUUUUUGUUCGCAAUAUCUGGACAUCCGCCAUCAGUUCGACAACACCGCCGCCUCAAGGAACGCUACCAUCAAUCAGUCAAAAUGGUCAACGUUCCGAAGACCCGCCGCACCUACUGCAAGGGCAAGGCCUGCAAAAAGCACACCCAGCACAAGGUCACCCAGUACAAGGCCGGAAAAGCAUCUUUGUUCGCUCAAGGAAAGCGUCGUUACGACCGCAAGCAGUCCGGUUAUGGUGGUCAGACCAAGCCCGUGUUCCACAAGAAAGCCAAGACAACCAAGAAGGUCGUGCUCAGAUUGGAGUGCACCGUGUGCAAGACGAAGGCACAACUGUCGCUGAAGCGUUGCAAGCAUUUCGAGUUGGGUGGUGACAAGAAGACGAAGGGUGCUGCUCUUGUGUUCUAA